AUGGAAAACCAGAGACAGCUGCUGGACUUCGGUGAGCUCCGCCUCUGGUCCUUCUACAGAGCGCUCAUCGCCGAGUUCAUCGCCACUCUCCUCUUUCUCUAUGUCACAGUCGCCACCGUCAUCGGGUACAAGCAUCAGUCUGCUACCGAUAUCUGCGGUGGCGUCGGCGUUCUUGGAAUCGCUUGGUCUUUCGGCGGCAUGAUCUUCAUCCUUGUUUACUGCACCGCCGGAAUCUCAGGUGGGCAUAUUAAUCCUGCGGUGACGUUUGGGCUAUUUUUGGCCCGCAAAGUCUCAUUAAUACGAGCCGUGUUGUACAUGGUUGCUCAGUGCUUAGGCGCGAUUUGCGGAGUUGGGCUGGUGAAAGCGUUCAUGAAGAGUUUCUACAAUUCUUUGGGGGGAGGUGCCAACGAGGUCGCCGGCGGUUACUCAAAUGGAACCGCUCUCGCGCGAAUCAUCGGAACCUUCGUUCUUGUUUACACCGUUUUCUCUGCUACCGACCCCAAGCGCAGCGCGCGCGACUCUCACGUGCCGGUUUUGGCGCCUUUGCCGAUAGGAUUCGCUGUGUUCAUGGUCCACUUGGCGACGAUUCCGAUCACUGGGACCGGGAUUAACCCUGCAAGAAGUUUUGGGGCUGCUGUUAUUUACAAUAACAAGAAGGCCUGGGAUGAUCAUUGGAUUUUCUGGGUUGGGCCAUUUGUUGGAGCUCUGGCAGCAGCGGCAUACCAUCAAUAUAUUUUGAGAGCUGCAGCCAUUAAAGCUUUGGGUUCGUUCAGGAGCAACGCGAAUAACUGAUGAGGAUGAUGAUGGUUAAUUAAUUUGGGAUUUUGUGUGCAUUUUAAUGAAUAUUCGAGAGGGAUGGAUGAGUUUGUGAUGUGUGUAAUGUAAAGUGGGGAGAUGUCGUUGUCAUUAAUGGGGUUUCUAUCACAAUCCUCCUCUUCUUUUAUUUACGAGUGUGGUUGUCGUUGUCUCUGUUUUCUGUCUUUAUUUGGGUGGAAUUUUUGUUAUAGUUUAAUUUUUGGUGCUUCUGCCACUGUUUCUAUCCUUAAUCAUUGAGGGGGGACUCUUUUCUGAAA